AGACCCAAUGAACUAGCUAACAGGAAGCCGAACACACACGGGGAAACACUUGCUGCACAUAAAGAUAUUCUAACGCAAUAAUUAGUUUCUAAUACGACUGCUUUGAAUGCAUUGUAGGCACCAGCCACCGCUACCGUGACUGGGAUCACUACCUAGGAGCAUUUCAUUCAUGUACAUGUAUCGAACAGAACUGGUUUGCCCUAACUGCAGUGGACAUCAAGCUGUAAUUAGGACUCCUCCCCCCCAGCUCCUGCUUUCUUCCUCACACAUCUCCAAGUGCAAACUGCAAACCCCACAAGUAAAAGGAAGCCGUUCCAACGUCGCUUGUAUGGAAAUGUUUUGAUGGAAGAUAAAUCACUACAAUACACAGUUUGUGGCCCUCGGUGGAAAAAGUGUGACCCCUGAUCUGCCCUGUGGUAUGAUGCAAUAAAGUUGUGAAGAAUGCGUCCAUGUUUGCAGGUCAGACACAGAAUUAGCCGCCGAGGAGACACUUGGCCACGUCACAUGCUCCGGGCAGGCGGCGGUGCUGCAAUAUGGACCCAUAAGAUUGACCAAAGAGCAAAGAGAUUCCGACAUGGGGUCUUUUUGGAAGAAGAUGAGCCAGGCGGCCCAGGGUAGAAUGCUGUGGUUUGGCAGAGCUCACGGCAAAUGUUUGCAGGACGGAGCAGCCGCCAACAUCCGGGAGGAGACGACGACAACGACGACGAUGACCGGUGGCGGGAUGCAGACCGUGGUCAACGGAGAGUGGGACAACCUCAGGACCACCACAGACCCUUGCAGGCGGCGUAGACUCGCUCUGCAAGAUCACCACAGCAACACCUCAGAGUGGCACGGCAAGGAGAGCAGCGUUGCAGUCGUGUUGCCGCAGAAACCGGACGAGCAGGAAGAAACCCCCGAGGAGGAAAAAGUGGAAAUCAUCAAAGUGUACCUCGACAACCGUCCCGAGACAACGGAGAGCGUCAGGAUGCUGACAGACGAGGUGUCGCAGAUCCAGGAGGUGAGGUACUGUCUGAAGACGCUGAGAGAGCAGAUGGCAGCCAGACAAAACAGUAACAUGAAGAAGUAUCCCAGCAAUGGCUACAGACUGAACACCCCCAACCACCGAGCAGCUGUCACCAACGGCAACACCAUUUACAACCACACGGAUGACGCUGACCUGGUGGAUGAUAAUCAGGUGCAGAGCCUACGGGAGGAAACCAAGCGGCUGUACGCUCAAAUGAAGGACAUGGAGAGCCGGCACCGAGAGGAGAGAGAGAGACUGCAGAUGGACUCCGAAGACCACCGCUUCCGUCUCGCCGCGCAGUCUGAGCGUCUCCAGAAGGCGGAGGAAGAGUCCGAGGAGAGAGGGCGUCGGGUUGAGGAGCUGCAGAGGCUGCUGGCGAACAUGGAGGCGGAGAGUGGAGACCUGCGGGACAAGAUGGCUGCCGGCGAGGCCGAGCUGCUGCGGCUUAAGGCAGACAAGGGAGAAGGAGGGGAGCAGAGGUGUAAUGACCUGGAAAAAGAGGUUGCCGCCCUGAAGGAGAAGAUCCAUCACCUGGACGACAUGUUGAAGAGCCAACAGAGGAAAGUGCGCCACAUGAUUGAGCAGCUGCAGAACUCUCGCACCGUUCUCCAAGAGAGAGAUCGAGUCAUCAGGGAUCUGGAGGAGAAGGUGGCCUUUCUGGAAGCUGAGAACAAAGAAAUGCAUGACCACAUGGACUACUUCCUGUCAGGCCAUGAGGAUCCUCCCCCUCUCAAAUGUGCUGAGAACAAGCCAGUGAUCAUUUACAGCAAACCUCUCACGCCAUCAUCACACAGCAACAAGUCCCUCCCCUUCAUCAAAGUCAUUGAGAUCAAGUCCUAAACGGCAAAGGAUGCCAAUGUGUAAAUAUAUGUUCAAUAAAUAGUGUGAAAUAGUCUCCUAACACAUCAUCUCCUUGGAUAAUUCAUUAUUUCCUGCAAAAAUCUAAAAAUUGUGAGUGCUUCCGACUGCCUACAAGACUGAAAUCCUAAAGAUUCAAAGGUCGACCCUCCACAGUGCUUUGCAUCUCAUUGCUAACAGAGGCCAUACUAGUAUAAUAAGCACCUACACAAAUAAAUCCUGAUGCUCUUUUUAAAAACCAUUUAUGUAGAAAUAUUUAUUUAGUUACCUGGUUACCAUUCUAAUUUGUCCACACUGAAUCAAGUUUCUGCUAAUGCAUAUUUAAUGAGCGUAUAUUUGACACCAUUACCAGUCUUUUAAUAUGAACUAUGUAGAUAGUACACUGCAGUGUGUCCGUUUAUUUGUGUGUUGUGUCAAAUGAAUGAAUAAAUAAAGUGCAUUUAAAA